AUGAAACUUCCAUCGCGCUCGCUUGUCAAGAAGCUUAUCCGAGCUCACCUUCCGCCCAACACGAGGCUCUCAAAGACAGCCGACCUUUACGUGAUGCUUGCUUUCCUUAUCUAUCUCCAAAGGCUAGCCAACGAGUCGAGGCUGGCACAGCAGAUCGACCUGUCCAACGGAUUAAAAGUCUCGAGGGCCAUUACGAGACGUCAUGUCAAUGGCGCUCGCAGACGUGUUCGUGGCUGA